UCUGGAUCAGUAAAUCAAUCUGCUUGUCGGUGCUUGACAAGAGACAUUUGGACAACAAACAGUUAACCUUUCCAAGCUGUGUUCUCCCUAGCUAAACAUGAGCUGGCUCAGGAAGUCAAUUCAACCAAUCAGAGUGCGGGAAAUAAAAAAGGAGACGGCCUACCAGAGCACAGAACAGCAGCCUGCCUUCAUGCACUGCCCAAUUACCUUACAGCCUUCUGACGCUUCCUGAAGGAAGAAACUGCAGAAAGUUAAAUAUUAGCAGAAGUUUGUAAAGCCAAUUAUAGAACUAAUUGACUACCAGUAGCUACAUUAUUGUUCUGAAGGAUAUCAGUCUUAUAGGUUUUGUUUAGCUGACACAGUUUACAGUGUGAGGAAACUGUUCAAUCUGCCACUGAGAAAUGUUACUUUUUUUGUGGCCCUCCAGCCCUAACAGUCAUUUAGCUAUGAGCUGCAGAACAUGAACUCUAGUAAAUGCACAGAUUGUCUCACUGGAUAUUACAUCAUCUGCUGUGUUACAUGUAACAUGAGCAUCUCUGCAUCUGAGCUUUCAAUCGAAUCCUUCCCGAAGGGAGACAGAACUUCAAGGUGACAUUACUGGGCAUACAGUAUAUGGAAUAUUUUGCUGGCAUUUAAGCUGUUUACCCUGCUCCUGGAUAAAGUCAAUUGCACUGGAAACAGAGAGGUGAAUAGGAAUGCAUCUGUGUUGGAGUCUGAUCAUUCUUUUUUGACAGAGAUCUUGCAAUCAAAUGUAUUUAAAGUGGAUCAGUAUGAUGUCCCUCUGGUACUUUUGACAUGAAGAAUGUGCUAGGCAGCAUAAUAUGGUGUAAGCUGGUAGAUCACUGAAUAUGCUUAUGAUACAUUUCUGACCUCAGAAGCUUGCAAUUAAAUCAUUUAUUUAAGGUGAAACCAUGUCAGUCCUAAAUACCGUGCAUAUUAAGGAGGCCAAUGCUCACCUGGCGGCCUUGCAUCAAAGAGUGGCAGAAUUAGAGUGCACCGUGAGAGAACAAGCCGAGAGUCUGAUCCGUAAGGAUGAACAGUAUCAAGCUGCAGUGAGAGAAAUCACAGACACAAAAAACAGGGAGAUCUCUGAGCUCCAGCAACGACUGGCACAGUCUGAGGAAGCAAAUCAAAGGCUAGUGUCCUCCAUUAAUGACAAGGACAGAGAGCUGGAGAGGCUUAGGCACCACAGUCGUCUCCUGGCCCAGAUGUGUCGUAACCGUCCAUUGUUGGACUCUCUGGUGUCUCUAAUGAUGGAAGCUGAAGGCGCCCCCUUCUUGCCUGCUGUUGAGGAAUGCAAUGGCCUGAUAAACGUCCCAGACUAUCCACAAAUUGAAGAUGACCUUGAAGAUUCGGAUGUAGACAAAACUCUGUUUGGGACAACUGUUUGACGUUGAUCAAUUAUGGUGCAAGCAGAUGGAAAACUUUAUUUUCAAUUACCCAUAUAAAGUGUCUUUUCAAAGAAGGCAGUUAUUAGUGUUAUUUUAUUGGGAAAAAAGAUUACAUGGCUGUCUGUAUUAUUUUAUAUGUCACUAAAAUUCUGGAUUAAUGUUGUGGGCAUUUACAUUUUAAUAUAUAAAUAUAUAUUUUUUAAAAAUAUUCCAUAUAAAAAAUUUUUUUUUUUCUGGGAGAAAUGUUCUGCUUAGUCUAUUUUAUUAAUUUGGGUUGAACGCAUAUUUUACAUAUUUAAGUAGCUUUUUUUCUUUUAUUUUGGUGCAGUAUAACAUUGUUAUGGUCAAUUAUUAAAGGGUUUUUUAUGUUUUUAUUACAGUCCAAUUUAGGUUUACAAUCUAUUAAAAUAUUCUAUUAAAACACCAUUACUUUUGCUUGAUUCUAAUUGUAUCAAUAAAAGGUACAACUAUACAGACUAAACAUUUUUUUAAAGUAAAAUAAUUUUUCAAUACCCAAUCUUUAUUAGCAAAACAGUAUUUUUAUUGUUACCGACUAAAGUACAAUUUACCAUAUAUUGUAAUUACUGGGUCAUACUAACUGAGAUGACCUCUAUUAACAGAUGUAAUUGAUUUUAUUACGUACAAAUUGCCUUUUUUAUAAAGGAUUUUACUAUUUUGAUACCUUGUUUAUAGGAUCAUCUUUACACCAUAACUAACCUUUAUGGUUUGUUCCUGUACAGUACAGAAAUAAAAUGUUACAUUUCUAAUAUGCUACAUGACUUUUUACUGAAAUUUGUCUACAAGAAAUAAAAAAAUAUGUUUACCAGGG